AUGGAACUGAACGCUAAGAAGACGAAGGUAAUGGCUAUAUCGAGGAAGGAAUCAUCACAAAUAGAGGUCCACGUCGACAGCACGGAGUUAGAACAAGUCAAGAAGUACAAGUAUCUGGGAAGUAUAUUCACAGAAAAUGGCAAGUGCGAAGAGGAAAUUAGAUCAAGAAUGGAAAUGGCAAAGAACGUGUUCUACCAGCAUAAAGAAUUGAUAGACUGCUACUUCACCCUCCAGACUAAGAUCAAAAUUCUGAGUCUAUACAUAUUACCAGUUGCAGCGUAUGAGUCAGAGUGUUGGACAGUGAAUAAAGAAGCACAGAGAAGGAUAACAGCAUUUGAAAUGUGGUGUUUAAGAAGAAUGUUGAGGAUAAGCUGGAAGGACAAAGUUAAGAACGUUGAUGUUCUUGAGAAGGCUAACAUCAAGGAUAGGUGGCUGAUUCAAAUUGCAAGGAGGAAGAUGAAGUUUGCGAGACACGUUCUUAGUGGCUCGGCUGGGGAUUUGGGAGUUGCUGGUAGCAAGAAAACAGUUACAUCUGCUUAUUAUGAAUGCGAUUUGAGAAAACAGUACAAAAAUCUCAGAAAAACGCCCUGGCUCAACGCGUUCUCUUUCACCACGACAAUGCACCCGCUCACAGCGCUCAGCAGACAAGAGCUGUGCUGCGUGAAUUUCAAAGGGAAAUCUUCCGACCUUUCAGCCCCGAUUUAG